AUGGAGCUAUUUGAGUAUUCUUUUCAAUAUGUUCAUGCCACCAUCAAGUUUGACGACACCUUCAAAAUUAACGAACUACCCACAUAUAGCAUCUCUCUUCAUAUGGUAACUGUUAAGGAAGAAUGGAGUCGUUCAACAGGAGGCGAAUCGAUGAUCAUCGAUGCCAAAGAUAUUGGCCCAGAAGUUUGGACAUAUUUGGAGAACAUUCAAAGACAUGAGAUUGCGACGUAUGUUCAAGAAUGGCUUCGAGAGUCAGAUGUGCAGUUAAAUGAAAGGAAAAAAGUAGGUGAAAAGAUUAACAAUAUUUUACAGGAGUGUUCGAUCAUGUGUUACUUCUCAUUCUACAUCCGUCUAGAAUACGAUAUUGAUAAGAUCAUGGAUGAGAAUAAAUCAAUUGCAUCAGAUAGGGAGGAGAAAUAUAUGUGCGCGAUUUGUUUGGAGAAUUAUAAUGCUGGAGAUGAGAUUAAUUUAAUGCUGCAUUGUUCACAUCAAUUUCAUUGUGUUUGUAUUAAGAAUUGGAUAAAGAUCAGCAAUUCUUGUCCUGUGUGUCGUGAACCUAUAUUGUCUUAUAUGUAUUAG